AUGUCGGACAAAAUCACCGGCAAAAACCUGUCCUACGACACAAACAUCCCGCCAUUUCUGCGCGCUCUCCAAGCACAAGCAGCAGGGAACGGAGGCCCAGAUGAGAUCCUCUCGAAAAGGCGACGGGCGGGCAAGAAGCGCACCGACAGCGAAGAGGCAGAAGACGCGCCGCUGGUCGUGGAUGACGACGGCAAUGUUGUCAAUGUACGGGUGGACAAGGAUGGCGGCGUCGAGGCGGAUACUUUGAAGAAGGAUGGAGUAGAGGAGGAGGGGGUAGGGAAGGAUACCAAGGAGGAGAAGAGGGAGACGGAGAAGAUUGCUGGGAUUGGGGCGAGCAAGAAGAGGAAGGCUGGCAAGGUUGUUGGCGGUGAUGCAGACGACGAUACUGUCGCCGAUAGGAUCGUGACGAAGGGUGAGAAGAACGGUGACGACGACGAAGGCGCCAAGAAGAAGCCUGCUAAGAAGAAGGGGAAGAAGAUUAAGCUUAGCUUCGAUCCAGAAUGA